AUGAGGAAGGAGACGUUCCUGGAGCUGCGUGCCUGGCUCACCCUUGCCCUCAUACGAUGGGACAUCCAGAUGAGACCUGCCAUCCCCCCGGAAAAGCAGGUGGUGAGGGUCAUUAACAUGGUCCUACUGUGCAAGGUCAUCCACCUCGGUGAUGUGGACCCCAUCAUUGCCAGCUUUGCCACCAUGGGUUUCUCCAACUGCAGGGAGCGGCUACUGACAGUGGUGAGGGUCAUUAACAUGGUCCUACUGUGCAAGGUCAUCCACCUCGGUGAUGUGGACCCCAUCAUUGCCAGCUUUGCCACCAUGGGUUUCUCCAACUGCAGGGAGCGGCUACUGACACUGACCCAGAGGAGCGUCACCAUCGGCGUCUACGAGGCUGCCAAGCUGCUCAACGUGGAUCCGGAUAAUGUGGUGCUUUGUUUGCUAGCUGCAGACGAGGAGGAUGAUCGGGAUGUUGCUUUGCAAAUCCACUUCACCUUGAUCCAGGCUUUCUGCUGUGAGAAUGACAUUAACAUCCUGCGAGUGAGCAACCCAGGCCGGUUGGCAGAGCUGCUGCUUCUGGGGGCGAAUGGGGGAGCUGAGCAGCCUGCAGACCUGCACUGUGUGCUUGUCACAAAUCCCCAUGCAUCUCAAUGGAAGGAUCCAGCAUUGAGUCAGCUGAUUUGCUUUUGCCGGGAAAGUCGCUACAUGGAUCAGUGGGUCCCAGUGAUUAAUCUCCCUGAGCGGUGAUGGCAUUUGGAUGAAAACUAAUUGAACAAAAUUGCACUGAAAUUUUGAAAUACUUUAGUGGUUGGUCAGGAAAUAAAUCCCUAUACCUGAUGCAAGGAUUACAAACAACUGAUGUCAAAUGGGUAGACUGAGAUUGAACAACAUGGUGUGUAGGGCUGAAGGAAGUUAACUUUAUGGCUGCAAAGUCAUGGGAAUGAAAACAGAACCUGUGUUGAAAGAGUUAUAAGCAAAUGUCACUAAAGGAACUAAAAACCAUGUAGGAAGAUUUAAGAAGCUGCACAGUUGAGUUACUUUCGAAGUGCACCAAACAUGAAGUUUUAAAACUGCAACUAGUAGUUUCUGGUUUAAAACACCUUUAAUAUGAAAGAGCAAAAAGGUUAAUUAAAACUUUUUUUAAAAAAAUUUAUUGUAUUUUGGGAUGUUUAUGCUCAAGGUUUUAUGCUAAGAUAUACUAAGUUAUUUUAUGAUAUUGACAAAGAUUUUAUUUAUGCUAUGAACUUCAGAACCAGAAUACCAUUAAGCAACUCAUAUACAACUACACCACUUGUUUUAAUAAAAUAAAAUGUUAACAGCUACAUUAAUAUAAUUUGUUUGAAACUGGAUGGUGUUUAUUUUACUGAAAUAAAAAUUUUAAAACCUCAAA